CGCCAACACAACUGUUUUUGGGAACAAAAAAGCAUCUCACCAUUUUUUCACAGUAAAAAAGCUCCUGAAUCACUCGGCCGGAAAAAAACAGUUUCCCGGCGAUGAACGAAUCGGCGUCGAUCUUGGAGAGCGGCCUGCCGUUCGAUAUCUGUCUCAAAAUCGCUUCCUAUCUUCCGGUUUUGGACGUCUGCGUUCUAAGCAGGUGCUCUCGCUACUGGAGGGAACUGUGCAGCUCAGAUUCCAUCUGGGAAUCGCUCGCCCGCCGUAGAUGGCCCGCCGCCGCUUUCCCCCGAGAUUCCUCUGCUUCUUUGAGAUGGAGGGAGGUUUACGCUGGGAAGCACAGGGAGAUGGCGAUCAGAGCUGGCGCGGUGGUCGGAUUCGUGAAUCAAUGCUGUGGGGUUGAAUCGAUGGAAGUUGGGGAUUACGUGCAAGCGAUUGGGGAACUGAGUUCGUUGGAGUUUUCCUAUGCAGACGUUCGAAUGUUCCUCUUCAAGCCGCACCUGUCUGUGCUUCUGAACUUGGUCGCGCUGCAUUACUCCAUCGCCUGCCUGCAAACCCCGGCAUGGGAAGUUGUGGCAGCACUAAAGAGCUGCUGGAUUUCGGAGAGGCAAGUGUGUGUGAAAUGGUGGAAGCUAGGGAGAUGGUUCUAUGGAUUCAGGAUGAGGGACGAGUCUCAUUCUCGCCACCUCACUCUAGCAGAGCUCGCGACCGAGAAGGGCAUCGAGGUUCUGGGGGUCCUUCGCAGGGGCGCCAUCCACGAGGUUCUGCGCGUCGUGAUCUGCGUCUCCGAUGGUUCUUCUUCCAGUCCGUGGCCUCGUUCAAACUCACAGAACGAGUGAGAAUGCAAGAAUUGCAUGGCUGCUGCUGCUGCCUUGGUGGCUCGGACUUCUGCUCUUUACAUUUUGGAGCUCGAUUCAUACUUUACCGUGUUGUACUUUACAGUUCCAAACUCUUUACGUGUACAUGGCAACAGACAGCUAAAGAUGGUGU